AUGCGGGUAACUGCGGAUGCGCUAGAUCCCGUCUUCCUAAAUUACAACAAGAAUGAACCAAUCUGGAUCACAAACCAACGCCAUGGCAAGCGGAGUUGCGUCUUCUUCUGGCCGGGAAGUAACAACGCUUACGCCGGCAAGUACCCCUUUGCAACUUUCGGCUUGUACAGCGAUGAUCCUACAUUUGAAUAUCGCAUUGAUCGUAUAAUGGACUGGAUAACUCGCGAUGAGUUCAACUUCUGUGCCUUCUACUUUAACGAGCCAGACCACACUGGCCAUGAUCAUGGCCCAGACUCGACAGAAGUUCUUGACGCCAUUGAACUCGUUAAUAAAGGGAUCGCUUAUCUCCUAAAAAGGAUAAAGGAGAGUCCGGCGCUCAAUGGAAAAGUGAAUCUGAUCGUGACAGCUGACCAUGGCAUGGCACAAAUACCAGUAAAAAACAGAAUCGAACUUUGGCAUUUUCUUACAUACAACAAACAAUAUUUUGGAAAUAACUCUCCGGGAUUGGUCGGACUCUGGCCGAAAAAUGGUAGGUAUCUCGAGAAAUCGUGAAUUUGCUCUUCAUAUACAUAUGUGAAUAUGUAGAUGAGAUGGUGCCAUGAGAUGGUGUGUAUAUAUGUUGUAGGCAAUUUUUUGCAUACUUAAACGGUGACAAGACUGUUGCCUCCCUAUAUAGUUUUUCGAAACUACUUCAUUUGUAUUCACUCCGAUUCCGGUAGUAAAACAAUAUGGGUUGACUAAAAACCUUUAAAAAAUUCUUCCAUUCGAUAGAUAGUGUCAUGCCUUUCGUUGUCGAUUCCGUAUGGUGUGACUUACUUACUUCUUCCGGAAGGGUGGUUAAGCCUUUUUGUCCAAUGUUGUUUCUCAUCAAACUAUGCGUGCUGCAAGGAUCACCGGCCACGCUUUGAUUAACUUUGCCUCGUCAAGAACAUAAACGCUUUAUUUCCUCGGUAUCGUUAAAGAGUUUCUGAUGUCGAACGGGUACGCCUAAAUAAUUUAUUUCUCUCUCACCCAUAACCAAUAUUAAGACAUUGACAUUUUGGCAGAUUUUGAAUAAUUCAUAUUGACCCAGCUGUGAAAAACUCGGCGCCUCGGUGGGAUUCGAACCCACGCAGUAAGGGGAAGGCUUUAGCGCAGCCAACGCUCUAACCACCUGAGCUACGGGUUAGAGCGUUGGCUGCGUUAAAGCCUUCCCCUUACUGCGUGGGUUCGAAACCCACCGAGGCGCCGAGACUUUCACAGUUGGGUCAGUAUGAAUAAUAAGACAGUUAAAUUUGGUCUAGAGGUGGGGUUACAAACGUACCGUUGUCAUUUAUAUUUUUAUUUCGUGUAGGAUACAAUGCAACAUAUUUGUAUAACACAAUCAAAAACUCUAACUUGACAAACUACAAGCUAUGGCUCAAAGAGGACCUGCCUGAGCGUUUUCAUCUGAAGAAGAGCUAUCGCAUGCCGCCAGUUUUCCUCCUAGGCGAUACAGGUUUCUUGAUUAACACCCAGAAAAAUCAGUACAGUGGGAAAAAACGUAUGUCAAAAGCUUUUUUCCUCUUUUCUAUGCAUACUACACUUUUUGGUUGUUGUUUUCAAAAAAAACAUUUUUAACAAACGACAAUUCAAAAUUAUUAUGAUGCGUUGCACUCCGGCUGGAAAGAAUGCGGCCACAUAAUCAAACCGGAAAUUAUCCACUCUAUAGGCAUGUAGCCAUAUUCUUCUUGGUUUUUACGAAACUGACGGUCGCAGAUUUACUCCACAGCUAUAAGAACUGGCAUCUACGUUAAACCAAAAAGCGGUUCGGAAAAUUUAAAUCAUGUCUUUCUUUGUACUUUAUACUCAAAAACAUAAAUUAUAAUGGAUCUAAUACUCUAAUAAUGCUUGUUUUAUUGAUAUGUUUUGAGAGUAAGCUAAGUCAUUAUUUUUUGUUAAUUGCCACUCCAAGUACACUCUCCUGUAUACUUAUACAGUUUCCUGAAAUGGGAAAUUUUAAGGAUAUUUAUUGUGGUUGGUAUCAGUUAGCUGAGAGCAAGAUCUUCAAACUCAUUCUUUUUCCUUUUUAUAGACUUUUCCUUAACUGAAUAUCUACAGCUUGAUUAGUCCUCAAACAAUAAAUUGUCCACUUAAUCCAGAUAUUUCUAUGUCUUAAAAUAAAAAAAGUAGACAUGAUAUUUCCCUUUGUUAACCAGCGAUGCGAGGUAAUCACGGCUAUGACAAUGAGGACCCACUGAUGCACCCAUUCAUGGUCGCGAGCGGUCCCGACAUCGAGGUUCUGCAGGGAAUUCAACAUUUCGAGCAGAUUGACAUCUAUCCCUUCGUCUGUGGCCUCCUGGGUCUUCAGCGUCCCAACAGGAUCGACGGCCGUAUAGAGCGUGUGGUUAAGUUCAUGAAAACCAAGCCGUCGGAGGACUUUAUAAGAACAUUCAAAAAGUACGAGACUGGAAUCAUGUCCGAUAACUAG